AUAUAUUUUAUCAUAAACAUGGGUGCAAUUGUACCAGUAGAAUAAUAAAAAGCUUCUAUAUUGCUGCUGUUAUUAAAUGAAGCUUCUAUUUUUCCAAGUUGUUAAAACUGAUACAUUCCCAAAUUUAAUGAAAACCUUGUUGGUAUCAAUUCAAACAAAGUUCAUAUGUAUGAUACCAUUUUCAUCUUAAACACUUGUACUAAAUUGAACUAGAAAAUCCGUGUUCUGUGCACCAUAGUCAUUGCUACAAUUGAUUUAACAUGUUUUAGUGUAAUAAUUAUAUAGUAUUCUUGCCUUUUACAAAUGUUUAUGGCUUUGAGUAAUGAAUAGGAAUGUUGUGACAUAAUAAAGGGUACAAAACAUGAUAAAUCACUAACCGUUUUACAUGUUUAGGUACAAAAUUAUACUUACUUACAUAUAAGGUUUACCAUUUAUUUAAAAAUGUUGGCUCGUCAGAGUAUGGCUGUUUCAAGUCUUUGCAUGAAUGGCUGGGCAAGUAAAGUGGUGGGAAGGUCAAGUCAUAUCAAGCAUGUAUUGCUCACAAAGGAUGUAAGUCUUGCUGGACGUAUAACACGCAGUCAGUUAUCAACUACUCAACAAUCUGCAGUGAGAGGUGCACGAACAGCACAAGCACGUGCUGCCACUGCUAUGCCAAGUGCUGGAGUUGCAGCUAUUGGUGUUGGGCAAGCUGCAUUGGCUGGUGCUUCACUACUUGGCAUUGGAGGAUUGUGUUAUUAUGGGCUGGGGCUCUCUUCAGAAGCUGGAGCUAUUGAUAAUGCUCUGGUGUGGCCACAGUAUGUAAAAGAUCGGAUUAGAGAUACCUACAUGUAUUUUGGUGCUUCUUUAGUUGCUACAGCUGGAUCUGCAGUUGCAAUCGCGAGGAAUCCAACACUUAUGAGAUUGGCUUCUGCUAAUGGGAUCGGAGCCAUGGUUCUCACUAUUGGCGCCAUGAUUGGAACAUCAAUAAUAUGCCGAAGCAUUGAGUAUAAGCCUGGAUUUGGUGCAAAGCAAGCGGCAUGGCUACUUCAUACUGGUGUCAUUGGAGCGGUCAUUGCACCAAUGACUAUGCUUGGUGGUCCUCUACUUAUAAGAGCAGCAUGGUACACAGCAGGUAUAGUAGCUGGCCUCUCUGCUGUUGCAGUUUGUGCACCAAGUGAAAAAUUCCUUAACAUGGGAGGACCACUUGCAGCUGGGCUUGGGGUUGUAUUUAUCUCAAGUCUGGGUAGUGCAUUCAUCCCACCUACAGGGGCACUUGGUAUGGGCCUUUACUCCAUUGCAGUGUAUGGUGGCCUUAUAUUAUUUGGAGCGUUCCUGCUCCAUGACACACAGCGUAUUGUACACAAAGCGCAAGCCACCCCACACCCCGCGUAUGCAGCUGUCCCGUAUGACCCAGUAAACGCAAGCAUGAGCAUAUACAUGGAUGCAAUCAACAUAUUUAUAAGAAUCGCAAUGAUAAUGGCAGGCAACCGCAAGAAGUAGAAACUCUUUGAAAUAACGUAAUAUUUCUUGUAUAAUAUAAACAAACUGUGAUAUAAAUGUAUGCAUUGUACAGCUAAACUUUUGGCUUUCAGAAUUUAAGAAAAACAAACUAAAUGUCUUUUCCUGGUUCUUUAAUUUUGUAACUGUUGCUCUGACAGUUAUUUUUUGUCUUUUUCUUUGCUAUACGCUAUCUUGCAUAUCUGGUUACAGUGCUAUGAUAUGGGUUGUUAAAAUUUAAAUCUGGUCACAAAACCUUAUGCUUUCUUACUUUCUAGUGAUCCUUUCAAAGACAAAUUUUGGAGUGCGGAUUUUAAAUGUCUUUGUAUAAAAAUGUAUUGUUGAAAAUAGCCGCGAUUGAAUAACUCAAUAAAGCAUUGCCCAAUA